CGAGCGCGCUGCAGGGCGCGCGCGCCGGGUAUGCCGUCGGGCAGCCGCAGCCAUGGAGGAAUCAAAGCCCCCGUCCAUCAACGACUGCCUCGCGCAACUGCGGCAGUGCUUAGAUCCCGCGGCCGCCGCUGCUAUCACACAACUCAAUGCCGCAAUAAAUGCUAGAGUCGACCGCCUCACGCAAGCUGUGGAAGGGCCCUCGCCCUGGCUCGAGGUCGGGCGGGCGCUCGUGCGCCAGGUGCAGACGACGCGGCCGCGGAGCCAGCCGAAGCCGCGGCCGAAGCCCGUUGUUCAGCGAAGGCCCAAAGUCGUGGAAAAACCGGCGCCGCCGCCGCCGGCGCCAGCCCCCGCGCCGGCCUGCCCCCAGCCGCCCAUCAUCGACGCGGAGUUGACGGCGGCGGCAUCGAAGCUGCAAGCUUCGGAACGGGGCCGCGCCGCGCGGAAACGUAGAAGGAAAGCUCCACCUCCAAAGCCCAAGCAAAAGUACGCCACCGGUAGGAAAAUAGAGAACAAGCAACCGUCAAAACAUGACGAGCACGAGCUGACGAUGCCGGUCGAACGGGUGCGCGCGGUCGUGGUCCGUUUGCACGAGGCGUUUCCCAAGGUGCGGGGCGGCCAGGCCUGGGACCGUCGAGGGAGCAUGAACCGGAAUUGGGAACUACUCUUCAAGCGACUCGAUAAAGAUAAAAGCGGCCGCCUCGACUACGCCGAGUUUGAAGGAGCGGUCCGGAGUGAACUACGAGUCACGGACACGACGGACCAAGAACUUAGGGCAUUGUGGACUUAUGUGGACCACGACAAGAGUGGAGAAGUUACGAUUUCUGAGUUCCAGCACGGGUGUUAUCUACUCAUCCUGGAGGGCUGGCCGUUGCUCUCGAAAGAUAGCCUCGAGAAGAUCGUCUCAAUAAUAAAUGGCGCCGCGAAGCGGUGGUUGCAUGCGUCGUCUUGGGUCAAGGUUUUUAGAGCUAUUGAUCAGGAUGAAAACGACCGUCUAGGGUAUGAAGAAUUAGAACGCGUUGUGAGGGCGAACGGCACGCAGGGCGGCCUGAGUCUCACUUCCAGUGAUCUUACGGAUCAUGACUUGCGGGGGUUGUGGCGCGCGUUGGAUCGCGACGUUUCAGGUGAAGUGACCAUUGAUGAAUUUAUGAAUUUUAUGAGACGGAAAGAGGAGAAGCCGAAGACGCCGCCACCGCCGCCGAAAUCUCGACGGCGGCGCCGCGCGCCGUCGCCCGACCAUUCGGUAAGAACGCAGGACACGGCCGCGACGACAACAGUACCAACGCAUGUGGGCGACUACCUGUCGACCUCCACGACCCUAGAUAAUAUCCAGCGCGAGACGGGCUGCAAAAUUUCUCAGACUAAAAACGAAGUGACGUUCUCGGGCUCCGACUUCCAGAUACGAGCUGCUAGAGCUGCGGUAGCGGCGGCGUCGUCUCGGAUCCUGCCGCCGCUGGCGUCGCCGCAACCCGACGACGACGAUUCGACGAUAGCUACCGUGGAAAAGCUCCCGCCCGUGCGGCGGCGGCCGACGCCGGUGAAGAUCGUGAACGCGUUGUCCGAUUCGCCCUACGGUCAGACGGCCUGCUCGCCCUCCAAUAGACACUCGGGCCUCGCGUCGGGCUGGUGGGGCGACCGGCCCGAGCGCCACGAGGCCCACGACGCGUGGACGCGGCGCGAGCGCGCGCGGAAGCGGCACGAGCGGCGGCGCCGCCGCCGCGAGCGCAGGCGGGCCGAGAGGCUCGAGAAGGGCUGGUCGUUGCAUCGCGAGGAGUCUCCAACAAAGGAGGACGCGACUAUAAAGAGGGUGGCGUUGGGUGCGGCGCGGGCGGCCAUGGGCGGUCCGGAGAAGGUGCCCUAUACGGUCGGCUUCCCGCGCGCCGGCGACCUCGACGGUUCUACUGAUAUGUAUAUCACGCGGCGGCCGGACCCGGACGAGCGCGAGCGCGCCAUUCUGUGGUCCGAUCCAGACAGAGACGCCAGGACGCGGGAGCGCCUGUCUCGGUCGCCGACGCGGCGCGCCGAGGCCGAGAGCAUGGUCGUGCAUUCCGAGCCGACGAAGCCCGACGUCUACGUGGGCAAGCGCUGGGUGUCGCAUCGGGACCUCCCCGAGAAGCGGCGGGAGCGGUCGCUGUCGCCGCUGUCGCGCGAGAUCGGCAAAAAGUGUGAGCCAUUGUCGCCCCAUCGCCAACCCGCGAUCCCGGCGCCGGCCUUCUCGGGCGGGCGGGAGACGACGCGGGUGAGUAACUUGUUCUGCCACUAGUCUGCUUGUGCCCGU